CGGGCAGGCGCCCUGGGGUCCUCAGGCCGAACAAGAUGGCGGCGCUGAGGCUGUGGAGCCGUUUCCGGUGGUGGGGGCGGGGCCGCGGAGUGCGGGGGCUGUCAGGGAAAUACGAGUAUGAUUUGUUGGUGAUUGGAGGUGGUUCUGGUGGCCUUGCCUGUUCUAAAGAAGCGGCCCAGUAUGGCAGAAAAGUAGCAGUGUUAGAUUUUGUGAAGCCAUCCCCUAAAGGCACCACAUGGGGUCUUGGUGGAACUUGUGUCAAUGUGGGCUGUAUUCCCAAAAAGCUAAUGCACCAUGCAGCUCUGCUGGGGGGUGCCAUUAAAGAUGCCAAGAAUUAUGGCUGGGAUAUACCCUUACCUGUACACCAUGACUGGAUAGAGCUAAUGUGUGCAUUUAAUCAGAUUUUAGAUAUUAAGGAACCUUCUAUUCCAGGGGCUGAACUUGGCAUUUCCAGUGAUGAUAUUUUCUGGCUUCAAGACUCACCUGGAAAAACGUUGGUUAUUGGUGCAAGCUAUGUGGCCUUGGAGUGUGCUGGAUUUUUAACUGGUGUUGGUUUGGACACUUCAAUCAUGGUGCGAAGCAUUCCUCUCCGUGGCUUUGACCAGCAAAUGGCUCACUUGGUGACAGACCACAUGGCAUCUUAUGGUACCAGGAUCUUUUGGAAAUGCAUUCCAAUCAAAAUUGAAAAACUGGAUAGUGGAAAACUGCAGGUUAUUUGGAAAAAUCUUGAGUUGAAUGUGGAAGAACGAGAGUCCUUUGACACCGUGAUGUGGGCGAUUGGUCGAGCACCUGAAACAGGAGACCUGUGUUUAGACAAAGCCGGGGUCCAGAUUCAUCCAGAAACUGGGAAGAUCAUUGUUGGUGCCAAUGAAGAAACUUCUGCUUCCCACAUCUAUGCAAUUGGAGAUCUUGCAGAGGGUCGACCAGAACUCACGCCAACAGCUAUCAAAGCUGGCAAGUUACUGGCACAUCGACUUUUUGGCAACUCUACUGAAUUGAUGGACUAUGACAAUGUCGCAACGACAGUUUUCACACCAUUGGAGUAUGGCUGCGUAGGCCUGUCUGAGGAAGAGGCAGUACAACGACAUGGUGAAGACAAUAUAGAGGUAGGAAGCAUAGAAGCCUAUUUUUCUGUCUCGUAAGGCUCUCUUAUUUGAUUGCCCUGUUUGAGUUUUGCAGGUCUGGAAAUUUGGGCACAUUUUUUCCUGCCAGAGGACAAG